GUCAUCCGGACCAUGGCAGAAAGUAUAGCAGAAGAUCGCUGAUAACCUUUCAGAGAAUUUGUACGAUCGAUUGAGAGUAAUAUAUAUCAGAUCAAAAUGGCAAGGUGGCAUUACAUUCUUGUACUUGUUGUUCUUUCAGUUGCUCAUGAUGCAGCUGCAAGAAAUGUGCCUAAAGAAAGCACUAAUGCAGUUGGCCUCGAUGACGAAAAGAAUUUCAUUGUAUAUGGUGGGAUAGGUGGUUUUGCUGGUGUUGGUGGUGCUGGUGGUGGUGGUGGUCUUGGAGGUCUUGGUGGGCUCGGCGGUGGUUCUGGACUUGGUGGAGGCAUUGGUGGUGAUGGUCUUGGUGGCGGCAUUGGUGGUGGCGGUAUUGGUGGCGGCGGUAUUGGUGGCAACAUUGGUGGACUUGGUGGAAGUAUUGGCGGUGGUAUCGGUGGCGGUAAAGGAGAUUGUGCUGAUGGUGGUGCUGGUUCUCUUCUUCAUCCUUGAUUACGCUUCAUGCAUGCAUGGGGUUAAUUUUAUGUUCAGUUACGUACUACUUUGAUCAUAUAUGUUACUUUGUUUUGGAAGUUUUGUAUUUCAGAUGGUGUAUUUUCAGUUUUAUGAGUCAUUAUUUGCUUUGUUAUGUACUGGAAUUUGGUUGAGAAGUUUGUAAUUUUGUUCAUUAUAAUUUCGUAAAAUAUAUGUUUUUUUAUUUUUCUUA